UUCUCAUUUAAUAAAGUGUACUGUACUGAUCUCUCUCUUUGCCAUUACAAUUUCAUGCAAGAGAUGAAAGACCAGAUUUAAUAUCUCAUGCUCACAGCUGUUUAAUAUCCAAUCGAUGGUAUAUCCACUGUCCACUGUUGAUAUAUAUUUCAUGCUACCAUUUGCUGUGAGCAUUCAGGAUUUACAGAGUUGGACAGAUCCCUGUCACGCUAUCACAAGAAUUCACCUACCUACAUUCAAAAUACUGUCCACAACAAUCUAAAUGUCUGAGAGUCAAAGCUGCAAAAUGGAAGAAUCUUCUGAUGACCAAAAUCCUUUUAACUGUCCGAUCUGUCUUCAUCUUCUGAAGAGCCCAGUAACUACAGCUUGUGGUCACAGUUUCUGUAUGAACUGUCUUAAUGAGUGCUGGGAUCGGGACAGUCAGAAGGGCGUUUACAGCUGUCCCCAGUGCAGGCAGACUUUCAGCCCAAGACCAGCUCUGAGCAGAAGCACUGUCUUGUCUGAAGUUGUAGAGAGAAUGAAGAGAGAAGCACCAGAAGCAGAAACAGCCUCUUCUGUACCGACAUUUGCUACUUCUGGGGAUGUGGUGUGUGAUAUAUGCACAGAGACCAAAAUAAAAGCCAUUAAGUCCUGUCUAACAUGCUUGGCCUCUUACUGUGAAUCGCACAUCAAAACUCAUUAUGGAUCUCCUGCAUUGAAGUGGCACAAACUGGUUGAUACCUCACCACAUUUAAUGGACCAGAUCUGCUCUCAACAUCAUAAACCUCUGGAGCUGUACUGUUCCCAGGAUCAGAAGUUGAUAUGUGUGCAAUGUGCUUUGAUCACCCACCAGAACCACCGUAUGACUUCACCUGCAUUAAAAAGAGAAGAAAUACAGAGACAAAUGACAUCAAAUCAGGAUGACCUAGUAAAAGAAAUGCAGAAGCGAGCACUGAAGGUGCAGGAGUUAAAAAAAGCUGAGGACUUUUUUAAGGCAGCAGUAAAGAACAGUGAGAAGAUCUUUACUGAGCUGAUCAUCUCCAUGCAGAAAAGACAAGCUGAGAUAACAAAGGUGAUCAAAGCUCAGGAGAAAGCAGAAGUAAGCAAAGUUGAAGAGCUCAUACUUACACUAAAGCAGGAGAUCAGUGAUCUGAAGAAGAGACAUGAUGAACUUGGGCAGCUUUCACAGAUAAAGGAUGACAUCUAUGUCAUUCAGAAUUUCUCCACUCUUUCCCAAAACAAACUUUCAGACUUGUGCAAAAUAACUAUCAACAAAGAUGAGACACUUAAGAAUACCGAAACAGUUGUCUGUCAGCUGAAAAGCCAACUGGAUGAUCUCUGUGAACAAGGCCUUGUGAGGAUAUCAGAGAAAGUUCCCACUUUCCAUAUAAUGGUGAACAAUGAGAUCACAAAGUAUUUGCCAUCUAAGCCCAUGACUAGAGAAGAGUUCCUUGUAUAUUCCACUAAUCUGAGCCUGAAUUCAUCAUCAGCCUGCAGUCAGCUCCGUAUAAAACAUAAGACUGUGUCAAGGAAAGAUGUUGAACAAGAUUAUGAUAGACAACUCCGUUACUCUGGAUAUCAGAGAUAUUCUAACAUGACCUACCAGGUGUUGUGUAAAGAGAGUUUAUCCGGACGCUGUUAUUUUGAGGUUAAGUUGAACGGAGAAGGGUGCUCUAUUGCAUUCUCAUAUGAUACUAUUAAUCAAGGAGGAGAUAAUUUUAUAUUUGGCUCUAACGACAGAUCCUGGAAAUGUGAUUUUUCAGCUGCUAACAUUUGUGUAAGGCAUAGUAGCCAAAACAGUAAUAUUUCUGUGGUCUCUAAAAUUGGAGUGUUUCUCGAUCAAGAAGCAGGAACUUUGUCCUUCUACAAUAUCUCUGAUAAAAUGACCCUCCUGCAUAGAAUCCAGGCCACAUUCACUCUGCCCCUCUACCCUGGGUUUUCAUUUGCGAAUUGGAAAAAUACGACAUCUGUUUCAAUUUGUGAUCUUCUAUAAUCCAUGUAAAUCUAUUGUUGACGGAACUAUUGUUGUUUGAAGGUUACUAAAUGGACACUAAUCCAAGGCAAGCCACAAGCAAUUGCUAAAAUUAAACAGUAAUCCUACACUGUGUCAGCAGUGUUCUGUGAUUGUAAUUGAGUUGGCUUGAGAAAGCCAACUUACUGAUCUACUAUUUAAGAUUAUUAUUCUUCUUCUUCUGAGCCAAAUUUCGGUAUCUAUCUCCUCCUAGAGCUUUCAAGCUAGAACCACCAAACUCGGCCCAGACCUUCAGACUGGUCUGACUCGGUGUGCUAUAUCUUUUCAGACUGAUCCGGCUUACAGCUUUCAUAAACCAGACUAUCAAAUCCACCAAAAAUCCCAUAGACUUACAUUGACGGAAUGUUCAAAUGAGCCAACACUCUUCAAACUCCAACUGUCAGAACUCCCAGAAUCCCUUGAGACUCAAUCAAACUUCCCUUCUAUGUACUAUUUCUAAUCAAUUUAGGCUCAUUUAAGCUUCCACUCUAAUAUUUCUAAUCUAUCUAUCUAUCUAUCUAUCUAUCUAUCUAUCUAUCUAUCUAUCUAUCUAAAUCAUGCUAACAUGCUAAAAACAUGCUAAUCAUGCUACAAACAUACUAGUUACUUGCUAAUCAUGUUAACAACAUGCUAGUAACGUGGUAGUAACAUGCUAAUCAUACUAGAAAAAUGUUAACAACAUGCUAGUAACGUGUUAAUCAUGCUAGGAACAUACUAGUAACAUGUUAAUUGUGCUAGCAACAUGCUAAUCAUACUAGCAACAGGCUAGUAACUUGCUAAUCAUGCUAGCAAUAUGCUAGUAACAUGCUAAUCAUGCUAGCAACAUGCCAAUCAUGUUAACAACAUGCUAGUAAUAUGCUAAUAAUGGUAGAAACAUGUUAACAACAAGCUAGUAACAUGUUAGCCAUAUUAGAAACAUGCUAGUAUCAUGCUAGUAUCAUGCUAAUAAUGCGCGAAACGUGCUAUCAACAUGCUAAUCAGGCUAGAAACAUGCUAAUAACUUGCUAAUGCUAACAGCAUUCUAGUAACUUGCAAAUUAUGCUAACAACAUGCUAAUCAUGCUAAUAACAUUGUAAUCAGCCUAUAAAAAUACAAGCAACAAGCUAAUCAUGUUAAAACAUGUUAACAACAUGUUAAAUCAUGUAAGCAAUGUGUUAAAUCAUGCUAGCUGCUUUCAUUCUUUUACAACUGCUUCAAACUUUCAGGCUAGGCUUUCUCAAUCCAACUUAAAGUUUGUUCUCAAACUUUACUCAUCUAGUUGAGUGUCACAUUCUGCAUGUGCUCUCACACAGCUUUGUAAAAAGCAUAAUCCUUAAUUGAAACUUUAAAAUCCUUUACAUUUUUUAAUCCUUAAAUGAAACUUAAAAACAGUGAAAUAAAUCAAUUAAUUAAUAGUUUCAAGCUUUUUUGGUCUUAUACUAAAGUGGACUACUCGAAUAAGUUUUUUUAAAAAAAAUAAAUUAUCAUGAUUUUGCUUUCCUUCUGUGAUUAGGUGUGAAUAUGAAAACUGACAUGUCAUGCCAUGUUCUAAGACCUUUUCUAAGCCAUUUCUGUGAGAUCCAGAAAGCUAAUAGUUUUACUUUCAUUAUGCGUUACUCUAGAUUUCAAAGUUUUUCUGAGGUUUGUUAAACAUGUUUGAUUGACCAGUUCUCUUUAAAAAACUGUAUGUUUAGGUUGAACUUCUGUGGUGAAUAGAAUGUAUUAUGCAGAAUAAAUUAAACAUUUUCUGUACAAACAAAUUGCUUAUAUACCUACAGCACAAUAAAUAAAUAAAUAAACAU